CGAAACUUGCAAUGCACCUUCUCUCCCAAUCACAGACCAAUUAUAUGAAUGAAUGAAUUUUCUCCGAUUCUCUUUUUCCUUGUCUGAGUUUUCUCGGAAACCAAACCCCGACCAACCUCUCUCUCCCACCUUCGCGAUCCGAUCCAGCUGAGAGUGGUUGGGCUUUGGAAAAAUUAGCUGCAUGAGCUGGUUUGGGAAGCUGCGUUUAUUCUCCAAUUUCAAUUCCUUUCACUUCAUUACUUCUUUGUUAAUUUUUACCCUCCAUUUUUCACCCCAAUCGCGCUCUAAUUCCCUCCAACCCUUAUUGAUCAACGACGGUAAAACUAAUCUCAAUCUUAAUUUCCGGUUUUCGUCACAAUAUGGAGUCCCGAUUCAAGAGUAAUCCCCAAUUACGCAGAGGCCUUUGCUGUGCAAAUGAUGACAAGCAGCAGGAGAGGUCCCCAUCUGUUAUUGUCAUUGGAGGUGGCAUGGCUGGGAUUGCUGCUGCUCGGGCACUUCAAGAUGCCUCAUUUCAGGUUAUUCUUCUAGAAUCACGGGAAAGACCUGGUGGCCGAAUUCACACUGAUUACUCAUUUGGCUUUCCUGUUGACCUUGGUGCAUCGUGGCUGCAUGGAGUUUGCCCAGAGAAUCCACUGGCUCCAUUGAUUGGGAAGUUGGGACUACCUCUUUACCGUACUAGUGAGGAUAAUUCUGUCCUUUAUGACCACGAUUUGGAAAGCUAUGCACUUUUUGAUAUGGAUGGGAAUCAAGUUCCCCAAGAAUUGGUAACAAAAAUUGGUAAAAUAUUUGGAGCGAUUUUAGAAGAGACAAAUAAUGUACGAGAGGAAUUCAGUGAAGACAUGUCCAUACUCCGUGCACUUUCAAUUGUUUUUGAAAGAAAACCAGAAUUGAGGUUAGAAGGGCUUUCCCACAAGGUGCUACAGUGGUAUUUAUGCAGAAUGGAGGGCUGGUUUGCUACAGAUGCUGAUACCAUAUCACUGAAAUGUUGGGAUCAGGAAGUAUUACUACCUGGUGGUCAUGGUCUUAUGGUCAGGGGUUACCAGCCUGUUAUAAAUACCCUAGCCAAGGGUCUUGAUAUUCGCCUGGGACAUAGGGUAACAAAAAUAGUUAGGCAAUAUAAUGAAGUAAAGGUGACAGUGGAAAAUGGGAAAACAUUUGUUGCAGACGCCGCUAUUGUUGCUGUACCUCUUGGGGUGCUGAAGGCAAAGAGCAUAAAGUUUGAGCCAAAGCUACCAGACUGGAAAGAAGCUGCCAUUUCUGAUAUUGGGGUUGGGAUUGAGAAUAAAAUAAUUUUACACUUUAAAAAUGUUUUCUGGCCUAAUGUAGAAUUCUUAGGAGUAGUUGCAGAGACAUCUUAUGGAUGCAGCUACUUUCUUAAUCUCCACAAGGCUAUGGGUCGUCCUGUCCUUGUUUACAUGCCUGCUGGGCAGCUGGCCAAAGACAUUGAGAAAAUGUCUGAUGAAGCAGCUGCUAACUUUGCUUUCAUGCAGCUCAAAAAGAUCCUUCCAGAUGCUUCUUCACCGAUUCAGUAUCUUGUGUCUCGAUGGGGUACAGAUAUUAAUACACUAGGUUCCUAUAGCUAUGAUGCAGUUGGGAAACCACAUGAUCUGUAUGAGAAGCUACGGGUUCCUGUAGACAAUUUAUUCUUUGCAGGGGAAGCAACAAGUAUGUUGUAUACGGGGUCUGUGCAUGGUGCAUACUCUACUGGAAUGAUGGCUGCUGAGGACUGCAGGAUGCGUGUCCUGGAGCGUUAUGGGGAGCUAGAUUUGUUCCCGCCGGUGGGAGAUGUUUCAGUGAUACCCCUCCAGAUCUCUCGUUUGUAAUCUCAGGAGACUUUAUGCAGCCCUCUUCCGGGUGGCAUCCAUUGUCAAAUGUCGUGUGGAAUUCAAUGGGAGGUGCUGUGACUCCCAGAGUAUGAAUAAUCUCGUGAAUAACGCAGAAAUGCGUAAUUUGGAAUGACAUGCACUCACAUUUAGUUAUAGUUGCCAAUAUGGUAACGCAUUGGUUAUUUUCUUUGUUGUCAUUAAGCUCUACCGUUUUUAGGACUUAUUUUCUCAUUGAAGAACUUUGCACAAUCAUUGUAAGUGGACGGUAGGACAGUAUUAGGAUAUAUAUACAUGGAUGUAUGGUUCGUGCCACAAUUCAUCCAGAACAGUAUAUUUUUCAUACGGAACUCAUCGAAGUUGUGAAGUUUUGCUGCUCACAAUAAAUGGAGUUCCAUUAUCAUCGAAAGUGAUUGCAAAAAGUUAGGCAAUAUUAAUAGAAAUUUAACAGAUUGGUCUGAACUAGGUGUUAUUUAUGAGGGCAUAAGAUUAGCAGUCAUUGUUUGAUGAAUGUAUUUUCAACUUUGUUCCUAGGAAGGAACUAAAUUUGCCCACAAGUUGACAAUGGGCACAAUUCUCGGUUGAAGGUUUGGUUUGGUGUUUAUAAAAUGGGUUUAAGGAAUGUCUAUUUUAGUUUAAUU